GAGCUCUGGUGAAUAGGUGUGAGGAGUGGGCGGAGUCUGCACUUCAGAGAGGCGGGUUUGAAUUCUUGUGUAAAUGCGAUGCUCUCCGCAGGCUCAUUAUAGCAGAGCCGUUCAGACAGACCACAAGCAUUCCUGCUCCCGAUCUCACAGUCGAUCCCGGACACAAGGAAAGGGGGAAGGGGAAGGUGUGUGGGAGAAGGGGAGGAGGAAGAAGGACACAGCCUCCCGUCUCAAGCUGUUUCAGUUCCCGCUCGCUCACGUGGGAGUCGGUAUGUUUUGGUGUUUGAGGAGGAAUGUAGACGGCACUGCAGGAUACAUGAGGUUUUAGAGAGGACGCAUGUCAGCGGGACACACGAUCGCCUUCUGGGAAACAAGAGUUUGUAAGUGACCUAUAAUGCAGUGAAGAGAGUAUGGUGUUAGGAGCUGAUCUGUAUGCAGAGUGAAAUCCGUCAUGACUGUGAAGUCAUUGCAACACCGCAGAUUUUGAGUCAUGGGUAAUGCAGAGAGUCACAGCGGUGGCCAUGGCUAUUAUGGAGACGGUCAGCGGCAACUGUCUCGAAAACACAUGUCCCGCUCGCUCCGUCUGUCCAGCAAACAGACGUACUGCACCCGCAGGACGCCAUCCGGAAAACCAGAACACCGCAACUCAGAGACCAGCACCCGCUCCAGCAGCACUCCCAGCAUCCCUCAGUCCCUCGCCGACCAUGGCCUGGAGCCCUUCAAUGACUCUGACCUGCUGCCCGACUUCAGCAGCCCCAUCUGGGUGGAUCGCGUGGCAAUGAAUCUUCGGCCCAUGUCCUUCCACAACCAGCCGCCCCAUUCGCCAGCUGUCAAACCUCCAGAGGAAAAUGCACAAGUCCAACACACACGGAGCCCUACUACGCGAGACGCUUCACAGGAUGGCUUCAAGAAGAAACGCUCCAAAUCUGCGGACAUGUGGCGGGAGGAUUCGCUGGAGGUGUCUCUGUCUGACCUGAGCCAGGAGCACAUGACCAGCACAGAGGAGAUGGCAGACACGCCGGACACACACUCCGCUCAGGACCGUGCCAAUUCUUUAGAUGAGCUGUACGGGACGAAGCCAUCGCACGGACGAUACGCCAGAUGGCACAAAGGUGGCGCCGGCGAUGAGGAGAAGAUGAUGAUGUCCCCCUGUGAGGAUGAUGGAGCCGCUUAUGGAGCUUUUACUCUGCCCUGCCGGCGCUCACACUGCCUGUCUGAGGGACCCACCAAUCAGCAGGGGGUUAUGCAAGGGAGGCGGGCACAAACCAUACAGGACGUGACGGCGGCUGACGGCAGUGAUUAUGAGGACAGUGGUAUUGACGGAGUGACAGUGGCUGACAGCGAGCUCUCUCAGCAUCAGAGCCGCCGCUAUAAGACCAUGUCUGUGUCUUUCUCCGCUUACUCCACGCCAGCAGGGGGUGCCUUCACCGGCAGCGACAGCGGCAGCAGCAGUGGAGCCGCAGCCACAAACACAGACAACACACAGGGCGUCUAUGAGAACUUCCGUCAGGAGCUGGAGCAGAGUGUGUGUCCCGCUGAAGCUCCAGAGGACAGGAGUUGUGCGUUCAGCGAUGAGCAGAGCAGUGUGACUCUGAGCUCAGCGUAUCACACACACACCGAUCCUCUGCUGAGUGUCAGCGCUGUGCAGGGAACGGUGCGCAAAGCCGGACGCCUCGCUGUUAAGAACUUCCUGGUGCACAAGAAGAACAAGAAGGUGGAGCUCGCACCCCGACGCAAGUGGAAGAGCUACUGGGUUUCACUUAAAGGAUGCACUCUGUUUUUCUACGAGACGGAUGGCCGCUCGGGCAUUGAUCAUAACAGCGUCCCGAAACACGCCGUGUGGGCAGAGAACAGCAUUGUCCAGGCCGUCCCAGAACACCCCAAAAAAGAUUUUGUUUUCUGCCUGAGCAACUCCCUCGGAGACUCCUUCCUCUUUCAGACGUGCAGUCAGACCGAGCUUGAAAACUGGAUCACAGGGAUUCACUCGGCCUGCGCUGCGGCCGUCGCUCGACAGCAUCAUCGGGAAGACACCGUGCGUCUGCUGCGCGCCGAGAUCCGAAAGCUGGAGCAGAAGAUCGACAUGGACGAGAAGAUGAAGAAAAUGGGGGACAUGCAGCUCUCUGCUGUCACCGAUGCCAAGAAGAGGAAGACCAUACUGGAGCAGAUCUUCCUAUGGGAGCAGAAUUUAGAGCAGUUCCACAUGGAUUUGUUCCGUUUCCGCUGUUACCUGUCCAGCCUGCAGGGCGGCGAGCUUCCCAACCCCAAACGCCUGCUGGCCUUCGCCUCCCGCCCCACCAAACUGGCCAUGGGGCGACUUGGCAUCUUUUCGGUUUCAUCCUUUCAUGCACUGGUGGCAGCUCGCACUGAGAGCGGCGUGAGGCGGCGGACGCAGGCCAUGUCACGCUCAACCAGCAAACGCAAGAGUCGCUUCUCCUCACUAUGGGGUCUGGACACCCACUCCAAGAGAAAGAGUAAAGGUCAUCCCAGUAUUGACCAGGUCUUUGCAGAAGGAGAUGAUCCAGUUAAAAGUCCUCUAGAAGGCAUGUUUGAGGGUUCUUCCAGUGAAACAAUGAAAGACACCAAGACUCCAGUCAAAGGUCUGCCAAGACCGAAUACAGAUCACGACAUCUGGUCCCGGGACCACCUCACUCCAUCAUGGGUGCUGCUGCCAAACGACCAGCCUGUGUUAGCCAUCAUCCAGCCCGGAGAGUCAGCCCUCGACAUGCUGGAGACCAUCUGCAAGGCUCACCAACUGGACGCCACUAAACACUACGUGCGCCUUAAGUUCCUCAUUGAGAACCAAGUGCAGUUCUACAUCCCCAAACCAGAGGAGGAUAUUUACGAUCUGCUGUAUAAGGAAAUCGAGCUGUGCUGUAAGAUCAGGAAGGUGAUCCAAUUUGAUCGGGAUGAAUCCUGCAUGAUCGGCUAUGGUUUCUCCAUCUCUGUGGUGGAGGAGGACGGCGUUCAGCAGCUCUACAUCACUGACGUGAGAGCUGGAGGAUUAGCCUUCGCUAAAGGCCUGAAUGCAGGAGAUGAGAUUCUCCAGCUGAACGGGAAGGACUCGCGGACUCUGACCUUCGCUGACAUGAAGGUGGCGUUCGCUCAGGUCUCUUUGUCGCUCACAGUCAAUACACUCCCCCCUGUGGAGCGCCGGCAGCUCUGCUAUCUGCCGCCCAGGCGUUCCGACGCUGUGGACAAUCUCUACACGGACAUCUUCUCUCAGAGCCAAGAGGAGAUCCUUGACGAUGGCGUGGGUCUGAUUGUGGAGACUUCAGGAGACAGUUUAGAUGACGACUCGGAGCUCUUCGCCGAGUUUGAUGACUACGGAAAGAGUACGGAGCAGGUGGCAGCGUUCUGCCGCAGUCUGCACGAGAUGAAUCCCUCCUCCUCUGAAUCCGUCUCUUCUUCAUCCGUCCCGGAGUCUUCAUCACUUCCUCCCAGUACCGCCACUCCACGCCAGCUCUCCGAUGCCGACAAACUCCGCAAAGUCAUCUGCGAACUGGUGGAGACGGAGCGCACAUACGUCAAAGAUCUGAACUGUCUGAUUGGCCGAUAUUUGACGCCGCUGCAGAAAGAGUCUUUCCUCACUCAGGAUGAGCUGGACGUGCUGUUCGGAAACCUCCCAGAGAUGUUGGAGUUCCAAGUGGAGUUUCUGAAGACUCUGGAAGACGGAACCAGACUGGUGCCUGACCUGGAGAAACUGGAGCGGGUGGAGGAGUUCAAGAAGAUCCUGUUUUCUCUGGGCGGCUCAUUCCUGUAUUACGCCGACCGCUUCAAGAUCUACAGCGCCUUCUGUGCCAGCCACACCAAAGUGCCCAAAGUGCUGGUCAAAGCGAAGACAGACGCAGCCUUCAAGGCCUUUCUGGAUGAACGUAACCCCAAACAGCAGCAUUCGUCCACGCUGGAGUCAUACCUGAUCAAGCCCAUCCAGAGAGUGCUGAAAUACCCUCUGCUGCUGAGAGAACUACACUCGCUCACUGACCCUGACAGCGAAGAGCACUACCACCUCAACGUUGCAAUGAAAGCCAUGAACACAGUGGCCAGCCACAUCAAUGAGAUGCAGAAGAUCCACGAGGAGUUUGGAGCUGUGUUUGACCUCCUCAUCUCUGAGCAGACUGGAGAAAAGAAAGAGGUUGCUGACUUGUCUAUGGGAGAUUUACUCCUCCACAGCAGCGUGACAUGGAUCAACCCGUCCUCCUCUCUAGGAAAGUGCAAGAAAGAGCCACAGCUGGCCACAUUCGUGUUUAAGACUGCAGUGGUGUUCGUCUGUAAAGAUUACUCCAAGCAGAAGAAGAAAAUGGGCGGUUCUCAUAGAGCCUCAGUCUCAGGGGAAGAGAAAGAUCCGUUCCGCUUCCGCCACAUGAUCCCCACUGAUGCGCUCCAGGUGCGCACGCUGUCCAACACAGAUGGAGAGAGCGCAGCAGUGUGUGAGAUCGUCCAUAUCAAGUCUGAAUCAGAGGGAAGACCAGAGCGAGUGUUUCAGCUCUGCUGCAGCUCUCCAGAGAGUAAGAAGGACUUCUUGAAGACGGUUCACUCCAUCCUGAGAGAUAAACAGCGGCGUCAGCUCUUGAAGACAGAAAGUCUUCCUCUCAGCCAGCAGUACGUUCCCUUUGGAGGAAAACGCCUGUGUGCUCUUAAAGGAGCCCGACCGGCCAUGAACAGAGCAGUGUCUGCCCCUUCUCGGACCCUGGGCCGUAGGAAACUGGUGCGCAACCGCUUCACCAUCGAUACUGACAUCGUUUUCGACACCGAGCCGGACAGCGACUCGCCAGACUCCCAGCAUGCUCAGCAAACCAUUGGCGUUCCCGCUGGCGACACCGACCGCUGGGUGGAGGAACAGUUUGACCUUCAGCGCUACGAGGAGCAGGAGCAGGACGUGAAGGAAACCGACAUCCUGAGUGAUGAUGAGGACUUCUGUCCAUCCGCCAUGAGCCCGUCCACAGAACCGCUGCUCUCCACACUCUCACUGGAGGGAGACACGGCCGAGGAGGAAGAGGAAGCGGAGGAGGAGGACAGCAGGAAGGACUGCAAAUCCCAGCAUGCAAAGCUGUCCGAUGUGGGGAAGCAGUGCGCCAUGUCUGUGGCCAGCGUUGACGAGCAAGCGACAUCUGAUGAUGUUGUCUGGGUGCGACGGGACAGCGGUGCAGAGAACGAGACACAGGACGAAAGCCAGAGCUGAAAGGCAUCAGGAGAGGAUUAAAGCUGAGCCGAUGCAUGAUGACACGGUUCUCUGCACCAAUAUUCCCGAAUGUUAGACAUUCCUAUAUGAACAGCUGUAAGAUAACACGCUUAUCCACCAUAGACACUUAAAGAAACACUCCACUUUUAUUUUUUCUUUGAAAAAUGGAUUUUUUAAAAUCCAUUCAGCCAAUCUCUGGGACUAAAUGGGACCACUUUUAGCUUAGCUUAGCAUACAUCAUUGAUUCGGAUUAGACCGUUAGCAUCUUUCCCAAAAACUUCACAAAAAAAGUUUUCAUAAUUUUCCUUUUUUAGUUAUAUUUUGUAUUAAAAGUCUUUCUAAGCUGAUGUGUCUAGGGCGGCACGGUGGCUCAGUGGUUAGCACUGUUGCCUCACAGCAAGAAGUCAACUGGUUCGAGCCCCGGCUUAGCCGGUUGGAGUUUCUGUAUGGAGCUUGCAUGUUCUCCUCUUGUUGGCGUGGGUUUCCUCUGGGUGCUCCGGUUUCCCCCACUGUACAAACCAAUGCGUAAAACAUGUGCUAGAUAAGUUGGUGGUUCAUUCCGCUGUGGUGACCCCAGAUUAAUAUGAAACUAAGCCAAAGUAAAAGGAAUGAUGUGUCUAGGAACUAUAAUCUCAUUUUGGCGUAAUGAUCAUGAGUAUUUGCUGCUGUACCAUGGCUUCAGUAGGUGUAAUGAUAUUGAGCAGUGCCCAAAAAUAGUCCUCAGCUAAUAAAAAAUAUUAGAUGUGCGUAAUACCAUGGUACAGCAGCAAAUAUCCUUGAUUAUUACACCAAAAUGUGAGUGUAGUUCCAAGCCACAUCGAUCUAGAAAAUAGCAACAUUCAAUUUCCUGUAUGUUUUAGUACACAAUAGAAUCUCAUUUUUUUUCAGAGAGAUGCUAAUGGUCUAAUCCGAUUCCAUGAUUUAUGCUAAGCUAAGCUAAAAGUGCUCCCGUCAGACCUGGAGAUCAGUUAAAUGGAUUCAAAAAGGGUGAUAUUCAACUGUCUAGCUCUAAAAUGAUCCUAUAUCCAAAAGAAGAGGAGUGUUCCUUUAAACGCAUUAGAUGUGCGCUGUGGCCAAUCAGAAACCGGUGGUACAAUCAAUAGAGUUAGUUGCACAUUCCUAGAUGGCACUCACUAACAUCAUCAUCGUUGGUUAUUUACAAAAUAAGGGCUGGGAUUUAUUUAUUAUGUCGCUCAGAUGUAAGAAGAACAACAGCCUGAUGAAAUAUCUUACUUUUUUUCCAGUUUUGUACAGAAACGCUGUAAACACCGUUUUGUUUUGUUUUUUAGUUUUGAAUUGUGUAUAUAUUUGCGUUUAUUUCUUUACUGGUUUCUCCGAAAUGUACAUACUGCGCAAUAUUCUGACCUGAUGAUUACACGCAAGUUGGAUAUUCAUUGAAUAUUAGGAUGUGUGCAUCUCAGAUCAAAAUAAUGCUCAACUGGAUUUGAUUCUUAUAAUUACUCCGAGCCGACGACUUGUUUUUUACAGCUCAUUUUAGGUCGCUACGUCCUGUUUUACUUGAAUUUUGUUGAUAAAUGCAAUAUGAUUUUUUGCUGA